UUCUUCUUCGAAAUGCAUCUUGAUACUGUAGUCUGUGUUGAUACAGUCGGCUCGUCAGUCAUCAUGUCGAAACUAUUCGAGCCAGUGUCGGUGGGGUCGAGUAAGCUUGGCCACCGGAUAGCCAUGGCCCAUGGCGCCGCUAACCCGGUAGCGAUGCGAUGACGACUGGACUGUGAUGAAGAUUGCAAAAGGGUGAAUAAGUCUGAUAUCACGAGUCGAUGGCUUACUUUCCCCCUGUGCUCCCUCUUGAGCACAGAGUGCUACGAACAGCGCGCUUGCGUCCCCGGCACCCUCAUCAUCUCGGAAGCAACCCUCAUCUCGGCCCGCUCCGCCCGCCGCUACAACGCCCGGUCGUCGCCGCCAUUGGGGCUGAGAAGACGGCCAUACGGCUGAGCCCGUAUAGUGACUUCAACGGCAUGUUGAUGGGUGACCCGGAUCCGACCUUCCGGUACCUGACGGAGCAGCUGAAGCCUCUGGGAUUGGCGUUCCUGCAUCUGAUAGAGGCGAGAAUCAAGGGGAACGACGAUGCCGAGUGUGGUGGGGAUAGGACGGUCGCGUGGUUGGCCGAGCUCUGGGAGAAUGUGAGCCCCGUGCUUCUUGCUGGGGGGUUCAAGCCCGGUUCGGCGAAGAAGGCAGUCGACGAGACGUUCAAGGAGUAUGAUAUGGUUGUGGUGUUUGGGCGGUAUUUCGUCCCGAUCCCGGACCUCGUGUACCGGAUCAAGGCCGGGAUCCCGUUGGAACCGUACGACCGGUCGAAGUUUUACACCCCGAAGGAGCCCAAGGGGUACAUUGAUUACCCCUUUGGCGAGCAAUAUCUAGCCAGCGUCAAUGUUCAGUAGAAGGCGAAGGGACAAAGGGGGGAUGGUCGGUGGUCCGAUGGAACAUGAAGGUCUGACUGAAGCAGUGUUAAAUCCAUUUGAUUCCUAGAAUUAGAUAAGUAAUAUUGCCGGCCAUGCCGACCGAUCAAU